AUGUCGGCGAACAAUCUCCAUAAUGCUCUCCUCCGACCUCCCAUCAUCCAAAUCCUCCGCGCCCAGGGUUUCCACUCGACGCGCCCUUCUGUGCUAGAAACUCUCUCCGACCUGACUGGAAGAUAUCUCAUGAUUCUCGCCUCUUCUGCUGCUGCGCAUGCUGCCAAUGCCCACCCCGAUGAUCCGUCACCAGUCCUGGAGGACAUUUAUCAAGCGCUUCAAGAUGCAGGAGCCCUACGACCGCAGCUACGAGAAUGGGAAGAAGAUUGGGCGGGUGAAGAGGAUUUGCGCGGUCUGGAGUCAUUCAUUGGGUGGAUCACUGGCCCUGCACAUCGUGAGAUCCGGCGCAUUGCAGGCUUUGUACCCAGCGAGGGCGAUAUGAUCGACCCUGAUGCCGUGGAAAAGGAGGAUUAUCUCACUGCUUUGAAGAAAAAACACAGCAAGACUGGUGAGGAGUCUCGAUACGCGGGUACAGUGCUUGGAAAACAUGCGGAAGAACACCCUUUGAUUAUCGAGGGCGGCGCGCCCAGCAUUCGCGAAUGGAGUGCGCAAGUCCGAUCUCGCGCGCCACGCAGCCCAGUCAGUGACACGUCUGGUGUCAGCAGUGCGCCUAGCAACAUGUCAGACCAUGAUAAUAUGGAGGGUUGA